AUGGCGGAGAAGAAGAGAAAGGCAAGCUCCAUCGAGGGCGAACGGCCGUCCAAGAAACCCCAGACCAGCACCAUCAAGGUCAUCCACCUGAGCGGGCCGGACGUCGCCAAACCUCUGGUCGCUUCGGCGCCCGGCGUCACACUUCCCUCGGACCUCAGCUUUGUCGGGUUCUCGAAAAAGGAACUCUCCGGAAGGUCCAGCGUUCUCCUCCAGUCCUCGGAGCACCCUACCAUAGACUACGUCGCGACCGAGAGCAGCACGACCGACGCGGCCGAAAAGCACGUCAGACACUUCAUCGCCGUCUUCGACCCUGCGUCCAACAAGCUCAAGGUGGUGGAAGCCAAAAAGGUGACGGUGAGGAGCACGGUGCGCCAGCUGGACAGGGAGAGUGAUGACGAGGACGCCGACGGAGAGACCAGGCCGCUGGCGACGCCGUCUCGCGCGGCGUUGACGCAGGCGUUCGGGACGAAAAAGUCAAAGAGAGCCGUGGCCUCGACGGCAGAGAACCGCCUGCUGGCCCGUGACGGGGAGAACGGAGACGACGCCAUGUCGCAGGCCAUCCUCUCGUCAAUCAAGGAGGACGACGAGGACGACCCGACCGUCGCGCUCGACGCGGGAGCUUCCGCUCGAGCCAACAAGCCGCUCCCACCCGCCAACCUGGACACAACCGACAUCACCCAGGUCUACGACCUCUCGUCGCUCGUCUUCCCAGGACCUUACCGCACGGCACUGUCCCAGAUGCCGAUCGCGUACUGGAAAGAAUGCGCCAAGAACAAGAAACCCGUGUCGACGCACCUGCGGUUCGUGGCCACGCGGAUCGGAUACCUGAGCCAGCGACACCUCAAGCAGCCCGACCACCCGGACGUGCUGCUCCGGCUACAGAUCCUGCGGUACAUCCAGCUCCUGGUGGAGAUCCACAAGUACGUGUCGCACCUGUCGCCGCGACGACCGAUGGCGCCGCCCGAGGACUGGCCCGCGGGCACGACGACGGACAGCUCGCUGUCGACGGCGUUCAAGGGCCGGCUGGUGGCGCACUUCUUCCCCAACCGCACGCCCAGCGCCUUCAACAAGACGCUCCUCACGGCCACCAUCCUGGCCCUGACCCUGCACGUGCCCCCGCCCAACUUCACGCUGGGCGAGACCCCGCGCCUGCUCUUCACCGAGCCCACCGACAUCACCCUCGACCUGGCCAUGCCGCACGCCGAGGUCCACAAGCUCUACCGCGAACUGGGCUGCAAGAUGGAAUCCAUGACCGACGCCGAACUGCAGCGCCACGGUUGGGACAAGGUCUCUGCUUCUUCUACGAAAGGCGGUGCAGCUGAUGUCGUCGACGACUCCGGCAAGCCCGUCAAGCUGCCCAAACCGAAAUUCGCUAAACUGCGCUUCCCCAUCGAAUUCCCCCGCGUCAGUGCCGGACGUCCGAGCAGGAGGUAG